AUGGAAAGCAAACCAGACUCAUCCAAAGAGGCCAUCUUGGCAGCCCAGAGAAGAGGAGAAGAUGUGGAGACCUCCAAGAAAUGGGCUGCUGGCCAGAACAAACAGCACUCAAUCACCAAGAACACGGCCAAGCUGGACCGGGAGACCGAGGAGCUGCACCAUGACAGAGUGACCCUGGAAGUGGGCAAAGUGAUUCAGCAGGGGCGGCAGGGGAAGGGGCUGACGCAGAAAGAUCUGGCCACAAAAAUCAACGAGAAGCCGCAAGUCAUCGCUGACUACGAAUGCGGAAGGGCCAUUCCAAAUAAUCAGGUCCUGGGCAAGAUCGAAAGAGCCAUCGGUCUCAAGCUCCGGGGGAAGGACGUUGGGAAGCCACUUGAAACAGGCCCAAAGGGGAAAUGAGAACAAAGCCUCGAAGUCAGUUGUGGAGACUGAUCUCGUCUGGCUGGUUCUCCCGAGCCAGCCAAGCCAACGUGCGCGUUCACGGCUAGCUGAACAUCAGGGCAGCAGACUCGUUGGGGACAACCCGCCGGAUCUGUACUUGUUGUAGAAAGACAAAAAAACCAUUGCAAAUCAAA